AUGGUACGCAAAGCAAUUGGUGUCGCUAAAACGGGGGUCAAGCAGUCUAUGCUGCCGCCUGCCCAGCGCAAGCAGGUCUUCCUUCCUGAAUUCACCAUCGCCCUUGUCCGAACCCCCUUCCUCUCUCCCCGCUAUGCGCAAUUCCGCGUCCCCCUCAACUUUAACAAGCUCGACAUGCGUGACUAUCUCCAGCGCUUGUACGGCGUGGCAGCUGUCAGAAUUCGCAGCUACAUCGAGCAGCAGCCCGUCACCCGGCUAACGCGAGAAGGCCGAUCCCUUGGCCAAUGGCGACGACCGAAGUCUGAGAAACGGAUGACUGUUGAACUACGGGACGAGUUCGUUUGGCCCGAGGAGCCCAAGGAUCUGGCAAAGUGGGAGAAGGAAGCCUGGGACUCAAUCACCAAGGCCAACCACGAGGAACAAAAGAAGAAUUCCCAGAAGGGUCACGCAGCCGAGAAGCCGGACAAGAAGGUGAUCGAGGCGUUCGAGAAGCAGGCUAAGGAGUUGAAGAAUGAUAAGAUGACCUGGCAGCCGACUUGGAAGACACUAGGCCUUGACUUCGCGCACAAAGAGUUUGCCUACACCAAAGGCAGGGGUUUCCAGAAUCCUAAAUGGCUUACUCUGCCAAAGAAGCGUUAA